AUGAACACCACCUGGGCCCUGCCGGACCGGCCGCUCAGCGUCAAGGAGAUCGAUGUCGAGGCCAGAAAGUUCGAGUUCAACAGUCUAGUCGGCCUCAAACAAUGGCUGCGCGCCGCAGACACCCUCCUUCGCCAGGGCAACAUGUACGCCCGAGAAGGCAACAUGAGCCAGGCCUACCUCCUCCUCCUCCGGUACUCAACCCUUGUCAUGGACCACCUGCCCAAACAUCCAGAAGCCAAGACCUCCGACGGCAAACGCGCCCUGAAACCCCUCACUAUCGGACUUCCCAGGGUCUUUGACACGUUGGAACAGCUGAAGCCCCAGAUCACGGACGCUCACGACGAGUGGGUCAGGAUACAUGCGAGCCAACCUGACGGUUCGAUUAGGCUCGAGGGAGAGAAGUCCCCGUACGAGAGACAGGCCGCGAGGGACCCGGCACUGUCGUGGAACCCAAAGGUCCGAGCAAAGCUACUGGACGCAGGGGAGCAUCAGGACCUGGCCGUCGACCUGGCCCAGCGAGAGAUCAGGCGCCGGGAUGCGGCUCGUAAGGCGACCCGCCAGGCUGGCAUCUCCGAGGAGGAAGAGCAGGCACGACGGGGCGCUGGGCUCUGGGACGACUGGGACGUUACUGCCCCUCGAGACGGACCAGGCGCUGCACGCGAUGAUGGCGAUGUCAUCAGGCGCAACAUGGAUGCUGCGCGCCGCAGGCUGGACCAGACCGACCAGGCAGCACGCCCACCCAGCUCCGACGGCAGCUACCCACCGCGGCCGAACAGCUACAGCACUUAUGACCGGCGGCCAUCGUACCAAUACCCGUCCAUCUCGAGAUCCUCGGUGCCCCAGUACGAGCCCUCCAUCGGCGACCCAUACCGCGGCAGUCGUCCUCGUCCUCCCCCUCCUCGUCCAGCGAAGGAAGACUACCAAUCACGUUCAGCGCCUCCACGGCCAAGCAAGGAACCUGUUGACUCGUUCGGCUCAGCGCACGACGUAUCACCCACCACCGCACAGCCUGAGCCUCCGGAGCUGCCACCAAAGUCGAUGGAUCGCAAGGAGCGCUUUACUUUCAGGCCAGCAGCCUACCUCGAGAAUGGUACUCCUAUCCGGCCUGUUUUCCUGCCGGAUCGUCUGCGCCAUGAAUUUCUUACCAUUGCCUCUCCAAACACCAGAAAGGGCCUCGAGAUGUGCGGCAUACUGUGCGGGACAUCAGUCAACAACGCCUUGUUCAUCAGCACCCUCAUCAUACCGAAACAAACGUGCACCACCGACACCUGCGAGACGGACAACGAGGAGGAGGUGAUCGAGUUCUGCAUGAAAGAAGACCUCAUGGUGUUUGGGUGGAUCCACACUCAUCCAACUCAAACAUGUUUCAUGAGCUCGCGGGACUUGCAUACGCAGUCGGGCUACCAGGUCAUGAUGCCGGAGAGUAUCGCAAUCGUUUGUGCCCCACGAUCCGAGCCCUCCUACGGCAUCUUCCGACUGACGAACCCACCUGGGCUCGACCAUAUCCUCCAUUGCACUCAAUCCUCCACCUUCCACCAGCACAGCAUUAACGGUCUGUAUACCGACGCCAAGCACCCCGGUGGCCACGUCUACCAUUCCAAUCAGUUAGACUUCCACAUCGAGGACUUGCGUCAGCCCUCGCGAAUAUAA